AUGUCUGAUUCAGUCGAACAUCAGCAACAGGUGACUCCUACUUCAAAGAAGAAAUUCCAUAUAUUCCAUGGACACGCGAGUAGUUCACCAAACUUGAAGCAAUAUGUACCUCCAGGUAGUCCACCUGACGCAGCAGCAAUGAAUGGUCCCAGAACACUAUCAAACUCAAUGGUUGGACUCUCAGAUGGACGUGAUCUCAACUCUUCAUCACCAUCACUCAGUUCAUCAUCCAAUACUAUAUCACCACGUGAUCGUGAACGUGAUCGUGAUAGUGGACUAUCAACUCCAACACCAUCACCACGAUUGCCUGGUAUGAGUAUUGGUGGCAAUGGAGAUCAUCAGGAUCUAGGUAGCAGUGGUGAUGACAUUGCAGGUAAUGCCGCACAACAAGAUGUUGGUGGCAGCUCAAACAAACCAAAGAGACAAUCCAAGUGGACAUCGGCACUCAGACGUGUGAGGAAGAGUCACAAGCUCAAGAAAGAGAUUCAAGAGAUGCAACUCAAGAGUGGAUUAUCACAACAAUAUAACGCUGCCAACCCACUACCCUUCAACUACAGCCAUGACAAAGACUCUGAUGUGAAAGGACCAGUGGCAGCUGUUGCCGCCAUGUCUGGCACGAGGAAAUCCAGGUUCAUUGAGCCAAUUGGAACAUCCACAGAUGACUACACUGACAUUCCCAAGAUUAUCAAGCUAUCCAUUGAAUAUCUGUUUGAGAAGGCUUUGAAGGUACCAGGACUUUUCAGGGAGUCUCCCAAUGCACUUGGACUCCAGAAGCUGCGACAACUGAUUGACUCGGAGGAGGAUGUCGACUUGUCCGAUUACACAGAGCAUCAUAAUGUUGCUGGACUACUCAAACAGUACAUCAGGGACAGACCAACAGCUCUAUUCCCCUACGAUCUACACAAACAGAUCAAUGAUAUAUAUGAAAUGGAACCGAAGCAACCACAACAGGUAGUUAGCUUACAUUUGAAGGAUACUUUGAAGGCACAGGUAUCCAAGGGACAAUACUUGAUACUUCGUUACUUGUUUGAGUUGCUGCAUGCAGUGCACAUUCAUUCAUCGAUCAACAGGAUGACGGCUUAUAACCUGGCGGUGUGCUUUGCCCCGACAUUGACACUCUCAUUCGACCCAACUUGCAUUGAUGUCGUACACAAACUGAUCGAAGACUAUGAGCUGAUAUUCGGUAUCGAGGUGAUGUUGGCCAAUCCAAAGUCUGGCAUGGCCACAAGACGUAGACGUACGCGCUCCAACACCAGGAUGGUCAAAUUGUCUGCACUGUUUGAUAAGCAACAACAAGAGUUGAGUGAGCUCGACGACAUGGAUGGACGUCCACGCUCAUGUCCCGUGCCCGCAUCACCUGGAUGUGACGAGCAGCUUCAGGAUUCGUCCAAGAAGCGACUUUCCAACAGACAUGUGGCAUCGACUAGUUAUGAACAUGACGAACUCGAUGGUCUAUUCAAGAAGUUCAAGGAGUUGAGUUUGGACGCUUCUAGUUCAGGAUCAGGUGCUGAGGCUACCGACACUACUUCCGCGGCUGAGGUGCCCGUGGUAGUAACAAAGUCGCCCAAUCACCGACCACUCCCACCAAUCAAUCAUCGCAAGUCAAAGAGUUGCACAGCGGCAGUCAUCAUCAAACGACAACAAAAACAAGAACAACAACAAGAGCAACAACAAUGUAAUAAUAGUCAACAACAACAACCAACUACCCCAACCAAGACGGGUGAUCAUAGGCCAUUGCCUGCCACCCCUGUCUCCCCAUCUGUAUCCACUCCAGUAUCCACCCCUGUUUCCACACCCGUCACUACCAUCGCCACACCUGUGGCCGCUACCGUGCCGGCACCAAACAUUGUGGACAAUAGUAGCAAUCCCAAUCCCAAGCGCAUCAUUGAGCAAAUACAAUCAAGCAACAGCAACAACAACAGCGGAUACAAACCGACAACAUCAACUUCCUCCACAUCAACAACAUCGACAACGACACCGACCAAGCCAACAUCGACAACGACAAAGCCAACAACAACAAUGAAUCAUACACAACUCAAGAGUAUGAGGAUGGCCUAUAAGUCUUCAUUUGGAAGCAACUCGCGCAACACAUCACAUUUCGGUGCAUCCAGUACCAGUCACGGACCAGUCAACUAUCACAAGUCCAAGUCGUCGCCAUCACUCCUCCACCAUCAAAAGUUCACCGGUACUGGUACUGCCAGUAGUGGAUUCAACAAGCCACGAGUGGCUCCACCAUUGCGCAGCAAUACAUCGCCCUCCACCGCGCAGUUGCUGAGCUACUCCAACCCACCGCCAGCGCCACCAACCACAUCGGUGAUCACUGUCGUCACCAAUGUCAGCAAUACCAGCCAGAACAACCUGUCCAAGUACAAGGCCAAGCCAAAGCCCACGCCAUUCUCUAGCACAGGCAGUGUUGUCGAUGCCCCAGCAUCAGCUGCUGCUGCUACUGCUCCUGCGGCCACAUCAUCGGUACCCACUGUCGAUGGCGGCGUUGUAAUGUCCAACCAUGACAGUGUCAAGAACCUGAAGAGUAUCUGGGAGAAUCGCAAGGAGUAA